CCAUGGGUCCUCACACUUGCCCGUCUGUCUGAUUGGUUAAGCAGACCAAACACCAAGUAAAACUAUAAAUAUUUGUAUCUCAUACGCAAUACAUGCGUAAAUGUAGUGUUUCGUUUUGUACAUGAGAGAUAUUAACAUGAGAUUUUUGUAAAAUAAUUCCUCCCCUUUAGAGCAUGAGACAAUAUUUUGUCUUUUUUAUACAAACUAUUUUAGGAAAAAAAAGCUGUAAUAGGACAAGAGUCAUGAAGAAAGUAAUGGUCAACUGUUUUCACCGUUGACUUCAUCGUCAUGACGAAGCUGAAGUUGGUUUUCAAUGGACCUUACCAAGCUCUGCCCACAACCGACCCACGUGACCGCAAGUCUCACAAACAAAGCCUCGCGGCAUUGUUUCAAUGUAAACAUGACUCGAUUGCUACAUCAUUUCUAUCGGAUUUUCACAAUAUAUCAGCUACUAGAAUGGACAGAGGAACUAACAAGUUCAUGUCAUCAUCUGGGAGGAGGUUACUGGUUUCUCAGUCACAAGCUGGUUGCAAACCUGAGGCCAGCAGGUGUCAGUCAGUUACGGUAUUUCUGAAAUUUGGUUAGAUGACCUCAAUAUGAGAAGCUACAGACAUGAUAGGAGGACCCAAAGAUCUCUGUAAAGCCUAAACUUCAAACAGCAUGGUGCAACUCCUGCUGGUGCAACUCCUGCUGGCGAAACCCAGUUGUAUUCCUGAAUAUGGACUGAAGACGGAUCUGACCCAAUGCAGCCUUUAAAAAAGAUGUCUGGUCCAAGAGUGUGUUUGAGUUAUUCCAUCAUAAUGAAGAAGCUCGUUGCGUUCGCUGCUCUACUUGUUGUUGUUCUCAGCAAGGGAGACUUCCAUGGGCAUCAAGUUUUCCGGAUUGUGCCGAAAGAUGAUGCCCAGUUGGCCCUUGUCAGAGUUUUGGAAGACAUAUUGGACUUGGAGUUGGACUUCUGGAGAUGGGUGACGCCUGUGGAUGUCAGAGUUCCCUCUCACAGCCUGCAGGUUGUCAAGAGCUACCUAGAGAAUCACAGGAUCAAGUACUUCACCAUGAUUAAAGACCUACAGGCUUUGCUGGAUGAGGAGCAGAGACAGAUGAAGUCUGUCGCUUCUGCUGGAAACUCUGACAGCUUUGACUACACCAACUACCACACCCUCAGUGAGAUCUACAGUUUUCAGGACAUGCUAGUGGCUGAGAAUCCAAAGUUGGUCAGCAAGAUGGUGAUCGGUCAGAGCUACGAGGGUCGUCUGCUUAAUGUUCUCAAGUUCAGCACUGGUGGAAGCAACCGUCCUGCUAUCUGGAUCGACACCGGAAUCCAUGCCAGAGAGUGGGUCUCCCCUGCCAGUGGCAUUGUGUUCGCCAAGAAGAUUGUGACAGAAUAUGGAACAGACUCUGCUCUCACUGAAAUCCUUAACAAAAUGGAUAUUUUCUUGGAGAUGGUGGUCAACCCAGAUGGAUACCACUUCACCCACACUGACAACCGAAUGUGGCGUAAGAACAGGAAACAGAAUCGGGACUCCAGGUGUGUUGGUGUGGACCUAAACCGGAACUGGAAUGCAGGAUUUGGAGGACAUGGUUCCAGCAACAAUCCAUGCUCAGAGAUCUAUCGUGGAACCAGGGCUCAUUCUGAGCCUGAAGUCAAGUCCAUUGUAAACUUUGUGAAGUCACACGGCAACAUCAAAGCCUUCAUCUCCAUCCAUUCCUACUCACAGAUGCUUUUGUUCCCCUACGGUUACACCAAGAAACCUGCCAAAGACCAGGAUGAGCUGGACCAAGUUGCUCAAAAGGCCAUCACUGAUCUGGCCUCCUUGUAUGGCACCAGCUACAGAUAUGGCAGCAUCAUCACCACUAUCUACCAAUCUAGUGGAGGCUCCAUCGACUGGACCUACAACCAGGGAAUCAAGUACUCCUACACCUUUGAAUUGAGGGACACCGGCCAUUUUGGCUUCAUCCUUCCUGCCAAUCAAAUUGUUCCCACUGCCAAUGAGACAUGGCUGGCUCUGAAGGUCAUUAUGGAUCACACCUUCAAGAACCCGUACUAAAAGAACAGAGUGAAAGCCUUGAGGCCUUUCAUGUAGUUUGAUUUCCAAAUAUAAAACAAAGAAAAUAAAAAUGCAUACAGGAAAA